GACCCUCGUCGUUGAGGGCACGUUGCUGUAGACAAUCCCAGCGAUGUCCUGAAAGGUGCUUACCCCGAGACCCACCAGGAGCCCCAAGACCACCAAGACCCCAGACAUCCAAUGUCCUAUCUUGUCCUGGAAUGUACCUCAGCUGAUGGCGACUUCUGGACUGUUAUUGAAAACAAUCAGUCACCUGCCUCCACUGGUAAGCAAGCUCUGGACUUCCAUUUGAAUAAUGGGUUCAAGAAACAUCAACGCGGUCGUUACACCCAACACUAUCGCACUUAAUGCUUUUAUUUACGGCUAUGGUGGACACUCACUGGUGACACCGCAUUCUGCUCUCCAGCAAGUAUGGUGGACGCAGGAAACGAUCGAAGACACAGUCACAAAAGAUUUUGUCACUUCUCGACUGAAGCUGGCUCAAAGAGAAAAGCUGGAUCAACCCCUUGCCUUUGGAGAUGGCCUCACAUCUGAUACAUAUCUCGAAUGGAUCUUAGAAAAGUGUCGUCGAAUGUUUCUGAUCCUGUCAGAGAUAGGUGUGCCCGAUCAGAUUUUUGGGAUCAUCGAUUCCUCGUGGGAUGACGACGACCUGCCAUUACCUAUGGACACCGUUCAGAGACUCGCCAUCACUUACCAGAUGCAUGAACAACUGGACCGCAAGUUCUAUGACACGCAAUUCAAGUUCCUCCUACGAGAACUUGAGGACGGUUCGCAUAUCGACUAUGGUGCCAGCGAAACGGUGCCCCUCGAAUACGUAUAUAAACUCCCUCCGGCUGUGCCAUUGCAAGGCUGGAACAGAGUGCACCUCCCAAAGAAACCUAACGUUUUGUUUAUGCGCCGUAAAGCGCAGCUAGGGACUGGAACUGGGAAGCUCACCGAGGAAGAGUUCGUUGCCGAUAUAGGACACGCACGGUUCAUCGAACAUGAGCACAUUGCGCCCGUCUAUGCAUCUUACACGUGGAAGGGUAAUGGCUACGCGCUGAGCACAUUCGUUGGCGAGCAUACACUAAAGACGUUCAUUGAUCACCGCACGGCGCCGCAAUAUAUGCGACUCGCUAAGCAUGAUAGAUGGGCACUUCUACUCGAAUGGCUGCACUGCCUGGCAUCCGCCGUCGCCUCUCUUCACAUGAAUGGUUCCACCCACUCAGCCAUUCGACCUUCCAACAUUAUCAUCGACUCCCGAAAUCGCAUUGCCUUCAGUGACAUUGGCAGUCUAGCUACAUUCCAGAAAGACAAGAAAUCUGACAUCACUGAAACAUACAACUACUCUGCACCAGAAAGCCAUACCUCGACCUUGUCUCUCUUGCUCAAGUCAAGUCUGAAACCCUCUUCAGACACAGCACGAGCAGGUUCGGUGUCUAGCAAAGGAUCCUCGGGGCAGUCAACAUCAACAGGAUCGUAUGAAACCAAGAACAGAAGGUUUUCCAUCUCGAAACCGAGCAGCCCUUACACUGGGUUCGAUUUUGGCUUCACUCCAAACGUCGCCAAGAAACGCAGCAAUAGCCAAUCUGCAUCUAACUCCGAAGCUGCCGAUAUCUUUGCCCUUGGUUGUAUAUGGUUGGAUAUCAUUACCUUCUUGCUGAAGAAGAAGUCCUCCGAUUUCACCCGUCAUCGAAGCACAAAAGUGAAGGAUGGUAGUAAAAGCAAUUCGUCUCGAAUCGACUCAUCCUUUCAUAAUAAUCCUGAAAAGCUAGAGUCUUGGAUGGUAAUCUUGGAAGACCUUGCCUUUGCCCAGGAUGACAAGCUAUUUCGGGCAGUCCCACACAUUCUCCGACUCAUCCGACAAAUGCUCGCACUGGAGCCAUCUGACAGACCUACAGCGCGGGUCGCGCGAGACAGAAUCUACGAUGUCCUCGUCGGCUAUGCUGGUAUGCAACUUCUGCACUGCGCUGCACAUCAAAAUGAGAUGCCCAAGGCUACCGUCACUGCUUUCCAGAACGUAAAACGUGGCCUGUAUGGGCUCUCGCGAACACCCAAGGCACAAGUGUCUGAAAAUGCUCCCAUCACACCGAAUGAAACGUUGGUUGCAGAUUUCGCGUCCGUCCGGUCAAUUACAUCUCCAGCAAAGACGGUGCGGAUAAGGCGCAAUCCUGUCUUUGGGGUUCCCAGAGGCCUUGCGCUAUAGACAGCUCCAUCUUAUAGGGCGAUCACCUCUUCCUAAUCACCACUUGAAUCUGGAGAUUCGGUCCGUAAGACCACGCCCCUAUACCUCCUAUCUCUAUCACCAAUCUGGCCGUUCUUCUGCCUUCCACAUACGAACAUUUCAACCUUGUCUCACGUAACGUAUUCUAUUAGCACGGUUUCAAUCCUCUUCUGGCGUCUCGAGCGAGCUAAUACCCCUUUUGUUUUCAUCGAUAUUUGAAAUAGAGAUAAUCACUGGCAAUGAAGUGGGGGAUUUUUCGAUAAUUCUGGCCAAGGCUUCGUAGACUUAAGUGUGCAGCAGUUGGUUUCUGGUAGCUAAAACUAAAGUAAACUGGCAAUGUCAGGCUAUGUAGCUAUGCUAUAUGAAUUUAUAACGCG